CGGGCAGUUGCGCCGCCAUUUUGCCUGCUCUGGGCGGUGUCCGCAGGCCGAUCUCUCCCUACGGCCCCGGCGCCUCAACCAGGUGCCAAUGCCCGUCCGACCCCGGAACUGUGACUUCCAAUUAUUUCUCCAAAAAGACAUGGGAAGUAUAUUAUAAAGAAUAACACAUCUGCAGCUAUACUAAAAGUUGUAAUUCCAUCAAAAGAGACAAUGGAUUCUUUGUCUCCAUCAUCAAAAUUUUUAGACCUGGAUCUGAAGGUAACUCACGUAGAGUGCCAUCCAAAGGAAGUGCUCGUGACAUUUCAGGGGAAAUAUAAUACAGAAUAUGACUUUGAUUACCACAUAUUGCAAAAGGAAAUACAGCAUGUAUCCAAAGUAAAGGACGGUAUUGGCAUUGGCGAGUUUUGUUUGGUGGAGGACAUAAAUGGAGAAUGGCAUAGAGGAAGAGUGCUGGAAAAGAAAGAGGAAAUCUAUGAUGUGUUUCUCAUAGACAUUGGGAAAGUACUAAUAGUUAAUGAAAUAAAUGUUUCUUCUGCAUGUGGUGAAUGGUUCCAGCUGCCUCCAAAGGUGGUGUAUGGUGUUUUUUCAAACAUACUUCCAGUUGGGGAAAAAUGGGGUCCAAAAGCUCUAAAUUAUUUUUCUUCUCUAAUAGGAAUACAGAUUAAAGGUCACGUGCAAGCCAUUUUACCAUACCAAUUGUUUCUCCUGGAAGUACCGAAAGUCACUAGUGAUGUUCUUGAACUGCAAUUAGGAAAACUUGUUGAUGGAGAUUCGUUUCGUCUUAUUGUAGAAAUGUUAAAGGAAUUACCCCAAGAGCUCCUUUGCAAACAAAUGCCAGAAUUGCUGCAACAGAAAUACACAAGGCCAGAGUCCUCUUCUUUCAGCAAUGCUGAAAAUCUACCAGCGUUUCAGCCAAUUCUGGAUAGAUUCCUGCCUUCUUUAUCUGUCGGCAGUAUAGAGAAGGUAAAAAUAAAUGUUGCAAUCAGUCCAAGCAAAUUUUAUUGUCAGAUGCUAAAAUGGCAGAAAGGGCUAGAAGACUUGACCACAACAAUGACUUUGCAUUAUGAAGCUGUCAAUAGGGAAAAUGUUCCAUCUUGUGAUAGUUUUGGAACUCUCUGUGCUGCAAAAAGACAAAAAGGACAGUGGCACCGGGGAGUGAUACAGCAGCUCCUCUCUGAUGACCAAAUAAAGGUCUGGUUCAUGGAUUUUGGCAACAGUGAAGCUGUGCCUUCCAGUCAUGUUCUGAAACUUCAACCAGAAUUCACUUCCUUACCAAUGAUUUCAUUUCAGUGUGCACUGUCAUGUUUCAGUGAUCAGAGUGAAGCUGUAAAAAGAAAUUCUCAACUAAAAGAAUUUAAACAGGCAUUGUUAGGACAGACUGCUGUGUAUGCCAGCAUUGAUUUGUUCAAUGCCAAUGAAUGUUUGUAUUAUGUUACAUUACAUAGUCAAGAAUCUGAAGUUAAUGCUGAAUAUCCACAACAGGUGAAUGAAGUAGUUCAAGCAUGUUCCCUAGUUUCUAGUACAAAUGUCACUAAUAUACUUGGAGACAUCAAAGCUUAUGAAGAGAUCUGUGUUUCAGUUGAGAGUUUGAUUGGAAACACAGAACAAAUGGGAAUCUGCUUAAUUGAAAAAGACCCUUCUUUAUCAAUCUAUUGCAAAACAGUAGAAAUGAAAAUAGAUGCCGUUCAUAUUGCUUUUGUCGAAUAUGUGUUGAAUCCAUCAAACUUCUGGAUUCAAACUAAUGACUAUAACAAUGAGUUUCAAACCUUGAUGAAAAAUAUUGCAGAUGUGUAUAAUAGAUAUGGAGUUUAUGAUAAGAUUGUUGAAAACCCAAAACCUGGGUUACUCUGCUGUGCCCGGUAUAGCAAAGACAUGGAGUACUAUCGAGGACUUAUCACUGAAGUGGAAGGUGUAAACAUUAACGUUUAUUUUUUGGAUUUUGGAAAUACAGAUACCGUACCCGUUCAUGAUGUGAAAACUUUGCUUCCAGAGUUUUGUAAAUUACCAGCACUUGCCAUGCAUUGUGCACUUGCUCAUGCAUUUCCCAUUGAGGAUGUAUGGGUUAAAAAAGAAACAGAUUUCUUUAAAAAGGUUGUAUUUGACAAACAGCUCUUGCUUUAUGUCAUUGCAAAGCAAAAUGACAAGUACAUUGUUAAUGCACAAUUUAUGGAUGGCUUGGAACAAAUGGAUGUUGUCACACUUAUGGUUCAGGCUGGAUAUGCUGAGUACUGGGAAGUGCAACCGGAUUCUCUUUUGAACUUUAUGAAAAAUUCUAAAGGCCUAAAUUCAAAAAACAAAAACAAAAAAUAUAUAAAUACACAAGGCACAUAUGUUAUGCCUAAAAGUAAAGUACCAGCAACUAGAAAUAUCUGUCAAAACAAACAGUUAUUAAACACUUUUUCUGUGGCAAGAGAAUCUCUCGAAUCUUUUCCAAAUUGGGAAAGUACUCUUUCCAGAAAGCAUUAUAUAAUAUCUGGGAGAAGUGACCAUAUGAGCUCUUAUAAAGAGUUAAUGUUUAAACCAGGAGCAGUUCUUGAUGUCAGAUGUUCUCAUAUUAUUUCUCCAUCCCAUUUUUUUUGUCAGUUGCAAAGCAAAUUAUCAGAACUAAUGAAUUUAAUGGAGCAAAUUCAGAGUUAUUAUGAAAUGCAUAGCAAUCCCUAUAAAACUGGCCAGAUUCCCUGUGUUGCAAAACACUCCAAGGAUGGAAAGUGGUACAGAGCAGCUUUUCUGAAACAAGUAUCCAGAAAUGAAGUUGAUGUGAUAUUUGUAGACUAUGGUAAUCAGGAAAGAGUUUUACUUAAAGAUCUUCAAGCUAUUCUUCCAGAUUUUUUAACUUUGGAAAGUCAAGCUUUUACAUGUAGUCUUAAGAAUGUAAAUGAACCCUCACAAUUUUACCGAUUCAUUUGGACUAAAGAGGCAUGUAAGGAUUUUGGAGACUUAAUUUCUGCUUCCAGUGGGCUAUUGACUUGCGUCAUUUGUGCUCUAAUUCUCAUAAGGCCUAACUGCUUGUGUAAUUUAGUUGAUUUACAGUCUCCAUUUAUUGGUACGCAGCAGUUUCUCAUAGAGCAUGGCCAUGGCCAGUCCCAAUUUUUUGGAUUCACAAAAGCAUUUAAACCAUCAGUUUUUCUGUAUAGUUUUUGCUAUUCAUCUUUUAAUAUAAAAAUUGGAAGUGAAGAGGAGGUAUAUAUAACUCAUAUAUACAGCCCUGCAAAAUUUUAUUGCCAGCUUAAUCGUAACACUGAAAUUAUAGACAAAUUGAUGAAGAAGAUUGCAGAGAUUAGUAACAUACCAAACAGUUCAGAAUAUGACCCGAGCAAAAUACGAUUAUGCAUAGCCAAAUAUUUUGAAGAUGGUCUCUUUUACAGAGCUUUGGCAUCUUCCACGGGAUCAUCAUCCUGUUUACUAGCUUAUUUUGUGGACUUUGGGAAUAAACAGCUGGUAGUGAGAGACAAACUGAUGCCUAUUCCAGAUCAUGCCACAGAUUUACUAUUGACGCCCAUGCAAGCCAUUAAAUGUUAUCUGUCAGAUCUUAGAGAGAGAGAAAUUCCAGUAGAAGUCAAUAAAUGGUUUGAGGAGAAUUUCAUGGGUAAACCAUUGAAGGCAGUAGUAGUAUCCAGAGAGUCAGAUGGCCAGAUUGGUGUGGAGCUGUAUGAUGGACAUAUCCAGAUAAAUCAGAAAAUUCGACAUUUAUUGUCUGAGAAUGGGAAAAAAUACACAGAGGAAUUGGAGCAUGUGAAAAGUUGUACAGAGCAGUCUGUUGAAAAUAGUAAGGAGCUACACAAAGUAAAACCUGAUGAAUGUAAUAAAACAAAAGAUAAAAAUAUUGAGAGAAUUGCCUUGAAAACUGAAAUAAAACCUGAAGUACAUGAUAUAUCUUUUCAGACUGGUGUUCAAGAGAAUUUUGAAGAUAAAGAACAAACUGUGCUUGUUCCACAAAAAUUGUGCAAUAUGCCCUUUAUACCACCAACAUUCCAUGGCAAUAAAGAGCCAGUUUGUAAAAAUGUUAUGAAUAUACCUUUGGAACACAGAGAGAAAAAUGCAGAUGGAAUAUUUACUCCUGAAUCUCUACUUUGCCCUGUUUUCAAUUUGCAGGAAAUACCUGCAAAUAUUAUGAAUGAAUCUUGCACCAAUAAACUAAAUUAUACAGGUCAACAAGAAGGGAGGGAAAAUAGACCCAAAUAUAUCAAUCUUCCUCCACGUAACAUUGAGCUGAAUUCUCAGUUAGCAGGUUACAUUUCCAAUAUUAAUAGCCCAUCUAGUUUCUAUAUUCAGCUCGCAGAGGAUGAAAACAUGAUCAUUCAACUUGCAGAAGAACUAAAUGAAGGAAAAAUAAAUGUAGACCAUGAAAAUUACCUGAAUGAACUUGUGGCAGGGGAUCUUGUUUUAGCAGAAUAUGUAAUUGAUUGUUUCUUAUAUAGAGCAGUUAUUAAAACAGUUAGAUCAGGAAAAUCCUAUGAGGUAGAAUUCAUUGACUAUGGUAAUACAGCAGUUGUGAGUCCAUCAAAAAUCUACAAAAUUCAAGGAAAGUUCUUAACUUUGCCAAGGUUCAGUAUCCAUUGUUUCCUUAGUAGAGUAAAAAGUACUCAUCCUGAUGGAAGCUGGAGCAGCAAUGUUAUGUUCUACUUUUCCAGAAAAGUAAAUAAUAAACAAAUUACUUGUGUAUUUUUGCAACAACAUGAACAACAGUGGGAGGUAGAUAUAAUUUGUGAUGGAAAGUCUGUGGUUAAUGAGUUAAUGCAGAGACAUGACAGCUCAGGAUUACAGAACACACAAAUGCUAAAUAUGGAAACUAAUACAGAACAAGACAUUCCAGUCACAAAUGCAGAUCCUGAAGAUGAGGAACUAAGGAAGAACUCUAGAGGUCAUAACAAAUACGAGUCUGUUGAGACUAGAAACACCUCUGAAAUUCUCUCUAAAAUCCCUAACCAAGAUCUAAAUCCUGGACAACUAGAAAUGGCAGAAAUAAUUCAUAUUUCAAAAUGUGGAAAUUUCCACGUAAAAUUAAUGAGAAAUGUACAAACAUUUUUGGAUUUAAAUGUAAUGGUUGCCAAAGAAGCAAAGAGAAACCGUUUGAUUGCAGUAGAAAAUAUUCAAGAAGGAUUGGAAUGCUUGACAAAAUCUAAAAACACCUUGAAGUGGUACCGAUCAAAAGUGAUGAAGCUUGUUAGUGAGGAGAAAAUGUUAGUUUUCUUCAUGGAUCGUGGUAGAUGUGAAAUGGUAUCCUUGCGUAAUACAAAAAUGCUCAGUAAUGAGAUCAAGUGUAUUCCUAAACAAGCCAUAUUAUGUAAAUGGAUUUGGAUUCAAAAUUCAGGUAAAAUGUCACGUGACUAUGCGAUAAAGAAAAUUGCACAUCGUGAAAUAAAGCUCCUGUUUCUGAGCUACUUGGAAUCUUCUUGUCUCUGGGAAGUAGAUAUCUUAGUAGAUGGGAUUCUACUUUUGGAAUAUUUGAAUCAGAUCUCUGGGCAAGGCAAGAUCAACAAACCUAAUUGUACAGAAAGUGCAAAUAAUGUGGCUUCUAAGACAUCUGUACUGUCUUUUAGAAUAAAUUCAGUUACAUGGGCGCUAUUCCAAAGUGGUAAUCAAUAUCCUGGUUUUGCAACUACAGUUACUGAUCCUUCAAACUUCAGUAUUCAAUUAGAAGACUUAUUUGACACUAUGAAAACCUUGUUUAUGCUACUUUCUGACCUUCCAGGCAAUUUGCCAACUUUGCCACAAGACCUUGUGACUCCUGGUGCAAGUUGUUUGAUCAAGUUUGGGUUGUACGCGCAGUGGAACAGGGUAGAAGUUUCUGAAAUUUCAAAUCAGUCUGUUCUUCUUAUGUUUAUUGAUUAUGGCUUUCCUGCAUAUAUUCCCUACUCAGAUAUUGAUAAACUGAAAGUUGUUCCAGAAGAACUUAUUUGUUUACCACGAUUAUCUUACUCCUGCUCCUUAUCUGGUGUGAUUCCUGCUAAAGGGGAACACUGGAGUGAUGAAGCUAAGCUCUUGUUUCAGGAAUUUCUAGGUAAACAAGGCCUGAUUUUCCAGUUUAAGCAGUAUGGUUCUGGAAUGAAACUAGAGGUAGAUGUUCUGUGUGAGCAGAGUAAUGUAGCAGAUACCUUGGUUGCAGCUCGUCAUGCUAUCUACUGUAAAAGUACAUGCUGCCUUCUUGGACUUGACAAUACAAAACCAAUUGAACCAUGUUCACAACUUCAAAGUGAAGCACAGCAAUCACGUUUUCUGCAAAGUUCUGAACCAAAACAUAGCUGUACUGAAAGCAGUUUCUUGACAGGUAAAAAAGAGAAUGCACAGCAGCAAACACGAGAUCUGCAACAUAGAAAUGCCCGUGGUAUAGUUUCAAGAAGUAAUUCUACCACUAAACCACCUUCUAGAAAACGACCCAGGAAGAAACCAAGUUCAUAUAGUAAUGGCAAAAAUACUGCAAAAGAUGAACUUAAGUGUGACAAAAAAUUAUUUAUGCAAUUUUCGGAUGAUAAGAAAUGUAACAUCAUUUCCACAGAAAGUCUUACUGAAAAUCUGCCUCCAGAAGCAAUGAAUGAGACAUGUGACUCUGCUGACAUGAACACCAGAAUGAGGGAAAUGAAGAUUAGUAAAGAGGUGGCAUCAUAAGAAUAUUUGAAUAGUAAGUAGGCUUCAGUGUUAAAAGUACUUUUUUCAGGACAGUAAUACAGAUUGAACUUUUACCUCAGCUCUGUAAUAUAUGUUUGCAAGAGUUACGUUUAUUUACAUAAUAGGUUUUACUUCCCUUUGAUGCCAAUGCAAAUUGUGGCCUUUAUUUCUGUUUUUAUAUACCCAGGAAGGUUUAUCACAAAGAGGCACGAAACCAAAUUAUUUUUGUAAUGAAGGAAAGGUACCUAAUUUUAGUGCCUAACACUUUCUUAUUUCUAUAACAAGGAUCAGUAAAUAUGGGCCUGAACUGACACAUUAAACUCUAUGGAAAGAUUGACUUCUUCUGGUUUGGGAUGAGGUCUUAAGAGCUAGAUGGUGCCAUUUAGGGAGAAGCUUGAGUUGGGGGCAGAGUGGCUUUGCACCAUGCCAUGGGGUUCUGCCUACUCAAAGUAGGGACCAGAAUUUUGCCUGGCCCUUAUGCCGUGUGUGUGUGUGUGGCAAAUUCCAUAUUCCCACUUCUCUACACACUGCGUGCACACAAGGGCAGAUGGAAUCUAGCCCUAUUACUAUCUUUGAUGUAUUGGAAUGGAUAUUAGAAGUUUUAGAUUUUUUCUUCCAUGGGGAAAAGGGGACAGUUUCGGAAAAUGAUUGGUUUGUAAUAUCACUUCUCAUGUAAGGAUGCUAAAAAUUCUUUACAAAUGGACAUUUCCAAUAAUAUAACUAUGGUAAAAAUGUUUUUUUCUUUGUUUUGGGUUUUUUUUAUUAACACCUCAUACCUCCAGAAUGGUUGCAGAAACUUUGCUCAAACUUCCCUAAAAAAUUUACAUUUGGAAGGAGACCUAGCAUGAAGAACUUUAGGCCAAAAGUGUAAAUCUUAUCACUGUUAUGAGUGUGUGAAAAUGAUAGAUUAGAAUGGAAAAUGUGUUUCAUCUUUAAUAGACAUUUCAAGUAGUGCAGCUGCUGUAUUACACACAAGUAAGAUUUAAGAAAUGUUUGUUAAAUAUGGACUGGAUAUUAUGGGAUAUACAUAACUUUCCCUCAAAAAAAUGUAAAUACCGAAAUUAUAGAUUUUCUAGAUACAGAUUGGAUUGGAUAAUGUCCUGCCACCUGCGGAAAAUAAAGGAUAUGAAAGCUUCUCAUUACAUCAACUGGAAUUUGUUGCCAUUGGUAAACUAUUCAGAAUAGGUCUAAAAUACUUUUAAAAUGCUAAAAUCCAUUUCAGUACUCAGAUUAAACUCAGUAUUCUAUUAAUAUCAAAGUAAAAACAUAAGUUGAAAUUCAUCGUUGUUAAUUUGUGUGUAGCAUGACGAAAUAUCAAUAGUAUUACAUGGGAUCUGAUAAAAUAUUUUGCAUUGCUUGUGAAUAUCUUAAAAAUCAUUUUCCUCAUAGUUAAAGUAACUUACAUUUUAUCAUUCCUUUAUAUUCAUAGGUAAUUUUGAAUUAUGUGCAUUUGUUUGCAAAGUUGGAAGGAUAAGGACAUAUUUAUUUUGAUCUUUUUUGUUUGUGUUGGUUUUUUGUUGUUGUUGUUAAGUAAAGCUGAACAGGACCUGUCCACAUUUACAGCUGUUAAUUAUGAUAGGCUACUGGAUUUUUUUGUAAUAUUAGAAUAUUGUUAAUGUGGCCACAUUUUUCAAUUUAUUUGUAAGUAAUUCUAAUACAGUGUCAACCAAAUACUAUGACGUGUAGCAUAGAAAUGACAACCAUUGUAAAACAGCAAUUCCAAAUGUGUAUUUAUUUCAACCAAAUGUUCUAGAAAUGGAAAGUGUGUAAAUUAAUUUAAAAGAUUGCCAAAUGUCUUUAGUAAAGUUUCAAACAUGGAAAAGUGUUUAUUAUUUAAUACCAGGGGUGGGGGGGAACCUCCUUUAAGUCCAAGUCUAGAUUAUAACCAUUUUAGGAUUUAUACCAUACCCAAGUGUGUUGGACGAUGCUUUGGCAUUGCAUACUCUUGUACAGCUCUCAUUAAUUUUUCUCUUUUAUCCCAGCUACAGUAGAAUUUGUGCUAUGUGUAUUGGAAGGGAGAAAAUACAACACUUUAAUUUAACUUAAUCAGCUUUGUUUUUAUGUAUUUGUAUUUGAAAAGAAUUGACAUACUUUUAAGCCUGAAAAUCCUAAAGAAUAUUUUUUCCAUUGGCUUUUAACCAAACUUGAUACUAAAUAUAACUGAAGCUUUUGUUUCAUUAAAUUUGAUCAUAAGAGAGUUUUUUUUAUUGCUAAUCAUUUGAGUGUAUAUUUUUA